AUGUCUCGAUGUAAAUGUCCCAAGUCGGAUGUAAAAUCGAACGAUCAGUGCUCACCGUACUUCGAGGACAUCACGACGAAGAUGGAAGAGCGACGUUGCGAUCUUCAGGGUAGACAUAAGUAUCUGCGUGAGAAGAUCACGACGAUGGAACGAUCGAUUCCAGCAUUAAUAGCGUACAACAUGUGGAUGGCGAAAAAAUGCGAGGACGCGCCGUAUUGUAAGAUUCGCGAGAUCAUGAAGAGGUUCUCUCCUCAUCCGGACCAGACAGAGAAGCUUCUUCACAGCUUGAAGAAGACCGUGAAGGAGUUUGACGGGGAGACAGAGGAGUUGCAUGAGAAGAUCAUUCAAGCUGAUGUGAAAUUGGAAGAAACGGAAAUGGAGUUGGAGUCCCUGGAACUUGCGAACAAAGAGAUGAACGACACUUUGAAUAAUUUAGAGAAAGAGGUGCGGAAUUAUACAACGCCGAGUCUUCAUUCUAUACACUCCGAGGAUUUGUUAUGUCUGUCGAAAAUUCGCCAAUUGGCCGAGGAGGAGUUAAGCUUGAAGAGUUGUAUCAAAGAGUUGGAGCAGAAGGAGACGAUCUUUAAGGAGCAUAUGGAUAAAUUGUUAACGUCUAAAGAGUAUCAGAAUAUCAGCGUCAGGAGGAAAAUGAUCAGCUGUCUUCAGGAUUUGGAAUGCAGUGGGAAGAAAUCGUGUUGCAUGCCCAAAAAAUGUUUGUCGCACAAGCGUAGUAGUAAUUAUCGACAGAAGAAGAAACAGGAACUGGAAGAAAUCGGCGUUAGUGACGCAGUGGUUUCCACUUCGGAGCAAAAUAUGGUUAAAAAAAGGGAUCAAGAAACUCUUUCGGAAUUGUCUGGAGAAAUGGUGGAGAAGAAGUCCUUGUGGAUACCGAAUUGGUGGAACAAUAAUCACAACUCGGACCAGGUUCUACCUCAGGCGAGAAGCGAAUAUCCAUCCACGUUAUCGAAUGAUGAUAACGUAAAUAUAGAAUAAUUACCGAAGAAGGAGAAAAAGAGUAUCGAUAAACCGUUGAAAUUGAAAACACAAUCCGCUCAAUGUUCUCGUCUUUGUUUUUCUCCUCAAGACCUGCAGUGUGCUUUAAAAAAGUCUCACGGGAAAUAUAUGCCACCGUGCAAUAAACCUUGCAAAGGUUUCCCAUCGAGACAACCGUUAUGUCAGCUACCACAAUGUAAAAUGAAGGAUCAUGGUAUUCAAUUGGGGUGCAAACCGUUUUCAAUACCCUGCGAUCUCAGAGGACCUUGUGAAAUAUGUCCUUCGUUGUCUUGCCGCCCGAUCAACAACUGCAGAUGCAAUUGCAAAGGUAAAUGCGCCCUUGGAAUGUCAGAUGCACUGUGCAAUUGCAGCGAUGAACCGCUGGAUCCUUCGGAAGAGUAUCAUCCAACUGGUGCCAGACGAUUUUGCGAAGACAGUAAUAGCGAAGAAGAUUUUUGCGAGUGUUGCGAGUGUGGUUGCGAAGACAGUGACGAAUCUCCAUUGUGUCAGUGCAAUUAACUCGUAAGUAUAAUAAAU